CGUGGCUAUAUAAACAUGGCUGGCGUGACCGCGCAGAGGGGCUGUGCUGCGCUCGUUUAGUUGUGGGGGGCGUCUUUUGGCUUGUUCGUGGCUUGCAGUUUUGAAAUUUCUGGCGGGGGAAUCGCGGCUUGGAGUCAACCGGCGAGGUAGGAGCCGAAGGAGAGACGCCCUUCCGGAGCCGCGCACAGCGUUGCAGCGGGAGCGGAGGCUGGGGCGCCAGUCAGAGCCGGCGCACGUGUGAGAGCGGCGAGGGCGGCCAGGUGCCGACGCGGGGAGCGUCCGGGACGCGCAGGUCCCGCCGCCCCGCCUAUGCCGGUCGCUGACUCGCUGUCGCGGCCCCUCCGCCGCCCCUAGCGAUGCUGCGGAGCCGAGGCUGCAUCGGAGUCAGACGCCGCUCUCCCAGACGCCCCGCGCCUCCGUUCCCGGAACGCCGCCGCCGCUGACCUGCCCGGGGGGGAUGCCCGCGGGCCUCACGGAGCCGGCGAGCGCCGCUCCCCCGGCCGCUGUGAGCGGCGCCCGGCCCGGCCCGGUGGCCAUGGCCCCCUCCGGGACUCUGGCCGCCCGCGCCGACAGCGUCACCACGGCCCCCGUCGGCGUCUGCCUGCAGCCGGCCGCGCCUCCCCCGGCGCCCGGCCCGGCGCUCAGCACCGCGGCUCCCGUCAGGGCUCUGCCCGCGCUCGGCCCCAGCGGGGCCCCGCAGCUCGUCGCCGUGAAGACCCCCGGCGCCGCCGCUGCUGCCGCCAUCCAGCUGCCCGCCGGCCUGCAGCUGUCCCCAGGAACAGUUUUGAUCAAAAGUAACACUGGUCAGUUGAUGUUGGUGUCUCCUCAACCAGCUGUAACAAGAACAGAGACAACAAGUAAUGCAACUUCAAAUUCAACUGUACCAACACAUACUCAAGCAGUCAAAGUCUGUACAGUGCCGAAUUCGAGUUCACAGUUAAUCAAGAAAGUGACAGUGGCACCAAUUAAAAAACUGACACAAAUAGGAACCACAGUGGGAACCACAGUUUCGAAGCCUUCCUUAGUACAGUCUGUGGCUGUGCCAGCCAAUAUUGUCACAGUUAAGCCUGUGAAGUCACUGCAUACUGUAGCUGCUCUGAAACCUUCGAGUUUGGGGGUGUCACCUGCCGUCUCAGCUGAACCCAGCCUCAACACAGAGAACUUAGCAGCUACUCAAGCAAAACUUCCUCCAAUGAUGUUAGAAAAUGUGAAGAAAUGCAAGAAUUUUCUUGCAAUGUUAAUAAAACUAGCGUGCAGUGGAUCACAGUCCCCAGAAGCGGGACAGAAUGUGAAGAAGCUGGUGGAGCAACUUUUGGAUGGAAAAAUCGAAGCAGAAGAAUUUACUAGACAUCUGUAUGUUGAGCUCAAGUCUUCACCACAGCCUCAUCUCGUUUCUUUUCUUCAGAAGAGUAUGAUUGCCUUGCGACAACUCAUUCCUAACCCCCAGAGCUUUAUACAGCAGUGUGUUCAGCAGACAUCUGGCGCGGUAGUCCUUACUACUUGUAACACGAUAGUUACACCUUCUCCUGUGGUGACAACAGUUUCCUCACUACAGCCUGAAAAGUCCAUGGUUGUUUCUGGAGCGACAACACCCAGAACAGUGCAGAGUUCACAUGCUGAUCCAGGGGGAGCCAAGCCUGGAAUUGUGACACUUCAUCCUGUGGGUGCAGCUGCUGUAUCAGGAGGUACAGCAGCAGGAAAUGUGUUGCUGCAGACUCAGAAGCCGCUUGUGACACCCGCACAAAAUGCAGUGACAGCAGUCUCUCUUCAGUCAGAAAAGCCAGUGAUCUCUAGGACAGCGGUGCCACUGGCCCUUCCAUCAGGAACUUUUGGAGUAGCUUCAUCAGCAGCGAUUUGUCUUCCUUCUGUGAAGCCUAUUGUUACGACUGCUGGAAUGACUUCUGAGAAGCCUGUCGUUGGCGCUCCAGUUCAGAUCAGACUUGCACAGCCAAGUCCUCUUGUUUCACAACCAGCUGGUAUUCCACAGGCAGUUCGAGUCAAACAACUGGUUGUCCAGCAACCUUUAGGAGCCAUCACAAAACAACUGGCCACACUUUCUCAUUCCUCAGCAGUGACUAUUCAGAAGGCUGGGCAGAAGGUGCCAGUUAAGACUGCAGUACCUACUGCCUCUAUCCUAAAGCAAAUUACUUUGCCAGGAAAUAAAAUUCUGUCCCUUCAGGCAGCUCCUAUUCAAAAAAAUACUGAGAAUGGAGCAACAUUUUUCAGAGAUGAAGAUGACUUCAAUGACGUGACUUCCAUGGCAGGGGUCAACCUCAAUGAAGAAAAUGCCUGCAUCUUAGCAACAAACUCUAAGUUGGUUGGCAACCGUAUUCAUUCUUGUAAAGAUGAACCCUUUCUUUUCACUGGAGCACUACAAAAGAGAAUUUUAGACAUUGGUAAAAAGCAUGGCAUUACGGAACUUAAUUCCGACGCAGCGAACUUGAUCUCCCAUGCAACACAGGAACGAUUACGAGGCCUUUUAGAAAAACUGACUACAAUUGCUCAGCAUCGAAUGACAACUUACAAGGCAAGUGAAAAUUAUAUCCUGUCUAGUGACACCAGGUCACAGCUCAAAUUUCUUGAAAAGCUGGAUCACUUGGAGAAGCAGAGAAAGGAUUUAGAAGAAAGAGAAAUGUUAUUCAGGGCAGCUAAGAGUCGUUCCCAUAAAGAAGAUCCAGAACAGCUGAGAUUAAAGCAGAAGGCCAAAGAGUUGCAACAGUUGGAACUGGCACAGAUACAGCACAGAGAUGCUAAUCUUACAGCUCUUGCAGCUAUUGGACCAAGGAAGAAGAGACCACUAGAAUCUGGAUCUGGAAGUGAGGGAUUAAAAGACAGCCUUUUUGCUUCUGGGACCUCCAGUCUGACAGCUACCAAACAAUUGCUUCGUCCAAGGAUAACAAGAGUCUGCCUCAGGGACUUGAUAUUCUGUAUGGAACAGGAAAAGGAAAUGAAGUAUUCACGAGCUUUGUACCUUGCCCUUCUCAAGUGACUCUCUGUCCAGAUCCUUGCUAUUACUGCCAAAGAAGACAUAUAGACAUCAUUGCACUGUCCUGAAAUUUCAGUUUCUGGAAAAGAAUCACCCAUGUGGAUGACCAUUGUUUACAAUUACAAACUUCUGUUAAAUCUUUCUUAUAUAUCCCAAGGGAUUCUUAAUAAUUAGAGUUAAACUUUAUCUUCUGAAAACUGGCUAUGAAAUACAGUUUGCACAGAAAGAGGUUAUCUAAUUACAAGUUAAAACCCAAUUUGUUAUUAUCUGCUUCACAUGCCAAAAUAUUAUCAGACUAGGUGUCUGCUCUUAACACACCUCUUCCUCUCCUGUAAGGGAGAAAAGGAAUCACCCCAUCCUAAGCAAAAUGCACCUCGUCCUUUGCUGAAAGGGUUAGCUUUUUCUGGGCUGGAACCAGCAACUGCUUAAUGAUGACAACCACCUUCUGGAUUUGAUGACCAGCCACAGCAUAGAGCCUAUGGUGGUUUAUCAGCUAAGCCCCCAGUGUUGUCAGAAACUGAGCUGGAUGGGGGUAAUUUGUGCCAGAGGUUGCUGUUCAUAGCAUUUAUUCCUUUGAUACCAAAUGAGGGGACACCCUUGUCGGGGAAACCUUAAAGUUGUAGCAGUUCAUAUACCUCAUUGAAAAUGGGAAACGGUAAAGUACUGGAAGGAGCAAAGAAGCAUUGAAUUCAAAAUGGGAUUACACAGCAUGGAGCAUGCUGCGAAUAACUAAGUUGGACCAUACUGAGAGUGAGACAUCAGAGCUACUGGUACAUAUUGACUUGUUGGGAGUGUCAUGUUGUAUUUUCUAUGUUUUUCUAUGCAAAAAAUGCUUCAUGACUUUUCUUGGCAACCCAAUAAAUAUUUUGUUAAGAGAAAGUCACAAAGAAAAAAAGUACCAGACAUUUUCAAAUGACAUUAUUUUAAAAUGAGGGAUUUUUUUGUUGUUGUUGUUGUUGUAUAUCAUUUCACAUAUUAAACGGGAUAGCUUUGUAAUAUCUUUUAGUUAACUUUUAAGAAUCUUACUGCAUUUUUUAAACUCCUAAUGGUUAAUUAGGAACUUUUAAUAAUGGGGUCCCACUUUGGAUUCUGUUCUCGAAAGAUAAUGUUAGUGCCUCAUUUUUGGAGAUCUUGAUCCUGCAUACACACGAGGAACAUGUGUGCAUACGCUCACCUGAGGAUAAAGUUGACGCUUUGCAAAAAACAAGGCCUUUUUUUUUAUUAUUAUUUUUAAUUCUACCUGUAUGGCAUGUUGCUGGUAAAAACAGCUGUAGUUAGGAAUACAGAAAGAAUAAGUCCUCAAAGAAGGUUUGUAAAAGGAAAGGAAAGUUGUAUUUCUUAGCAAUAUAACUCAUGAGGCAAGAACACCUCAGGCCUGUUACUUCUUCCAUCCUGUCUUCCCACUGAGAUUGGUAUGGCCGUAUUCUGUGUACUAUAGUCAGUUUAAAUUGACCACAUUUUUGUUUCAGCAAGUUAUUGUGUAAAAAUGCCAUAAAUUAAAUAAAACAACAAGGGCAACAAAAGGGAAAAUAAUUUAAAAAAAUGUUAUAAAUUUAUGUAUAUGUUUAGAGAGUACCUUCAGGAAAUAUCUAUACCUAGAGUUGUUUUUGUAUAUUUAAAUGCUUGGCUUUAUUUUUUUUUGUAAAGUUCAGCACACUCAUAUUUGUGUAUAAUCUUAUUGAUCAGAUGUUUAAAAAUAUUUCAAAUACCUAAUUAAAAUAAUUAUUUUACUA